GUAGUUUGUGUCGAAGAAAAUCUUCUAAUAUAUGCAGAUGUAGUUGAAUGGUCAUUUCCGAAUCUUAAGAAUGCAUCUAAUGUUAAUAACAAAAAUAAUAAAAAACCUGGUAAGCUUCAAAUCAAGAUAAAAAAAGUGAUACAACAUGAAGAAGUAACACCAUCCUCACCUGUACAACCAAUUAUAGAACUACAAAAUCCUAAUGAUUGUCAUGAAGACAUUUUAGAUGCAGCAAUUGUAAAAACACCAAUAAAUGCAUUACUCCUACUAGAUCAAAAAGACAAAAAAUAA